CGAAAGGAGACUUUGAAUGCCAACUAUGUGGGCUAACAGCCCCAUACAGCUAUUAUGGGCAGAAACCGCCAAACACUCGUUCUGUUGUGCUUGCAAGGCUGUGAGCAGAUACAUAAUUUACUUCAGUGAGGAGCCAUCUGGAGCAUCUGGAAGACCAAGGCCUUUGUUUUUCCCCCUCGUGAAGCUGCCAACUUCUUGAAAUGCAUCACCUUAAUACUCUUGACCAACAGGGUAGCCUGAGCUGCCUCCUGGAAGAAAGCUAUGUCAUGAAAGAUCCUUUCGUCCCCGACAAGGACAAAUUCCUUAUCCUUGGAUCUCAGUGCAGUUUGUGUAAUAGACGUGUGUGUGUGGGCACAGAAUGUAGUCUAUUCUACUCAAAAAGGUUCUGCCUCCCCUGCGUUAAUGAAAACCUACAGGGGUUUCCUUUGGAAAUACGACAAGACUUGGAUAAAAGGAAGUCUCAUUCAAAAUCCCACCCCUCCAAAAAAGCAGAUGCAAGAAGUUAAAUUAAAAGCAACUGGAAGAGA